UUGAAAAGCUUCACCUUGCACCCAUCCGCGCCUACUCCUCUUUCUUCCUGCUGCGCCCCCGCACUCUUCGAUUGGCGUUUCUCGCUAUCGUUCGUCGUAAAGAGCUCUUCCGUCGUCUCAGCAACCAUUUCGUCGAACACAUCUCGUUGAACUUCUAAGUUGAGUUCGUGCCAGUUUCUUCUUCCCUAUCCAUAUGAUGACUGUGAGAUCGAUCAGAAUGACCUGCUUGUUCUCCGCCCCCAUAUCCUACAAAUUUGAUCUUUUCUUCGAUCCUAACCCUAGUUACGGUCUGCAUACCAAGGAUUCCCCGAUCGAUCCCUCCCUCUCCACCAAUCUGCUCGCCCACCAGCUGCUCGAUCUAUUCUCCAAGCCACCCAAACUCCGGGACGCCGAGGAGCUCCAACGCCUCGGCCGCAGCCUCGUCCCGGCGACCGCAGAGGCCGUCAUCAAGGGCCUCAGGAGUUGGAGGACCGCGCACGAGUUUUUCCGGUGGGCGUCGUGGCAGCACGGGUUCCGCCACACCUGCUACACCUACAACGCCAUGGCCUACGUCUUCUCCCGUGCCCGUCGAGCGGCUCAGCUAAAAGGCCUGGCGGCGGAGGUGCUUAAAGAGCGUUGCCCGAUGACCGCUGGCGCUUUGGGGUUUCUAAUUCGGUGCCUUGGUGAUCAGGGUUUGGUCGAGGACGCCAUUCUUGUUUUCGACCGUGCUGUCGAUCUUCACUGCGUCCCUAACUCUUACACUUACAAUUGCUUGCUUGAGGUGUUGGCUAAAGCUGGUUUGGUGGAAGCAGCGGAAUCGAGGUUUAAAGAGAUGGUGAACAGCCGGGGUUUGGAGCCUGACAAGUAUACACUUACCUCGAUGUUGCAGUCGUACUGCAACGUGGGGAAGCUGGCAGAUGUCUGGGACAUCUUUGAGAGGAUAAAGUCGGAAGGCUGGGUUGAUGAACACGUUCUCACAGUCCUCAUUGUUACAUUUUGCAAGUGGGGAAAGGUCAACCAAGUAUGUGAAUUGGUUGAUCAUAUGGAAGGCCUGCGGAUGAUGCCGACCGAGAAGACCUUCAGCGUAUUGGUUCAUGGACUUGUGAGACAAGGGAGACUGGAUAAGGCGCUCGAGAUGUUUGAUAAGAUGAAGUCCCUGGGUUAUAGUGGGGAUCUUGCACUGUACAGUGUGAUAAUUGAGGGGCUUUUUGAGGGGAAAGAGUUUGCCAUGGCUCAUGACAUGUAUAUGGAGAUGAAGAAGAUUGGCAUCUCACCAGAUGUUCUAUUACUCAAAAAGAUGAUCAUGGCAUUUUGUAGAGAAAGGGACUUUUUCAGUGCAAGUCAGUUAUUGGAUGAAGGUGUAGGGUUAAAUUUGGGUAGUUUAAUCUCUCUUUAUAAUGUUGUUCUUGAUGGGCUCAUUGAACAUGGUGAGGUAUACAGAGCUUAUAAGCUACUCUGUGAAAUGAUGAAAUCUAAAGGUUUGCAAGUCCUAAAGUUGGAUAUCGAUGAUCAUGGCAGAUGUGAAAAUGAAACUGAUGUGGAGGAAUUCUUCAGAAUGAAGAAACCUGUUUGCCCAAAUGCUGAUUCUUUUAACAUCGUGGUCUGUGGUUUAUGUGAAGCAAAGAAGCUGGAUGCAGCCUUAGUUCUUUUAAACAAUAUGAUAGGAGUCGGUUACAAGGGUAAACUUUUGAUGUAUAAUAAUCUUAUACAUGAGCUGUGUAAUGUGGAUAGAUUGGAGGAAAGCUAUGAACUUUUGAGAAAAAUGGAGGAGUAUGGGUUUAUGCCCACAGGAUUUACAUAUAACUCAAUUUUUUGUUGUACUUGUAGAAGAGGGGAUUUAUCAGCCGCACUUGAUUUACUUAAGGAGAUGCGAAAACACGGGCAUUUACCAUGGAUAAAACAUUGUACAUUGAUGGUGCAGCAACUUUGUGGAAAUGGAAAAGUAGCAGAAGCAGCAGCAUUUUUGGAUGAUAUGGUUGCACUAGGGUUUCUUCCUGAUAUGGUUGCUUAUUCUGCAGCUAUUGAUGGAUUGUGCAAAUCAGGAGAUGUUGACAAAGCACUAAAACUCUUCCGUGAUAUAUCAUCACGUUGGUAUCUUCCUGAUGUGGUUGCACAUAAUAUUCUUAUUAAUGGAUUUUGCAAAACUGGUAGAUUGCCUGAGGCUCUGGAGAUAUUUGAAGAGAUGUUAAAGAAGGAACUUGUUCCUUCUCCUGUCACAUACAACCUUCUAGUUGAUGGUUGGUGCAAGGCGAAGAACAUUGACAAUGCACUUGCUUGCUUUAAGAAAAUGGUUGAUUCAGACAGGCCACCAACAGUAGUUACUUACACAAGCAUAAUAGAUGGCUUAUGUGAUGCAGGAAGAUCAGAUGAUGCACUUAUGGUGUACAAUGAAAUGAGAGAAAAGGGAUGUGCUCCAAAUCAGAUGACUUACACUGCUCUUAUACAUGGCCUUUGCAAGUGUGGUAGGGCAGAUGUUGCUCUGGUCUACUUCGACAAGAUGAAACAGAAGGAAUUUGAGCUUGAUACUUUUGUAUACUUGUUGCUGAUUAAUUUGUUAAUUAUGAAAGGGAAUUCGGUUAAGGCUCUUGAGCUUUUGAAGGGAGUCCUUCAGAGGGAUAGCUUUCAUUAUAAUUCUAAGAACUCUAUAUUGAUGAAGAAAGCAGUAGGCAAGUUGUUCGCGGAUGAAUCUACUUCAUCGGAUGUUAGAUUACUUAUCGAGAGUGGGCAUAUAUCAUCCAUCCAAAGUCUCCACGACAUGGGGCAGAUGUAGAACAUAACAUUAGCAUCAACUUGGCAACAGAUUUCCAUGUAUGACAGACAUAGGAUACUUUGAUUAAUAUGGCCCAGAGUCGAGACUAGCUCCCAGGACAUAUGCGCAAUGUCAACUGGAAUGUGUUCUUUCAGAUGGAAUAACCAAGGGUGUUCCGUCUGAAAACAGGUGCUGUGGUCUACACUUUUCGUUUUCCUCUGCUGUUCGUGAUACAGUUUUUGAUUUUUUUUUCUAUUUACAUGUGGCAUAGAUUUUGAACAUAUUUAAUCUUCAAUCUUAUCAGUGCCAAAUUCAAGUGCAUGACAUAGGAGUGAGUAUCUGUUCGUCUCAUAGAGAAUCUCAAUAAGUCAAAUUUCCUGUGAACUACUGGUUAAUAUUUGUAACAUUUCAUCUUUUUUUCUCAUCCUAAUAAAUUUUGUGAUUCUUUACGAUGAAAUCUUCUUCAUUUGUUUUUUUCCAAAGAAAACCUGUCCAGCUCCACUGACAAAAUAACACUCCCUUAAUGAUUUAGAAAAUUGUUUCUCACUCACUAACACUUCUUUGUAUCUUUUCCAUUGAUAAUGUGUAACACUAGAUGUUUUAUAUAUUAAGGAGAUCCUGAGUCCAGACUUCUAUAGAGUUUCUCAUGUUUGUGCAAGGUAAUCAAACACUUUUGGAUGUGUUGAAAUCAAUCUGAUGUAGGCAAUACAUUAGUGUGUCAAUUUCUAAAUUAUGGUUUAUGACAGAAAACAAAUUGUAUUGUCCUGUGAGAUGGAAUUUUUAUUUUUUUGAACUAUUUCUAGUGUGUCAUCAAAUAUAUAAACUGUAAAAGCAUCCAUGAAAUAUUGCUUUGAGAUAGAAGUUUAAUAAUAAGCUGUUUAUCAUGUACAACAUGCUCACCAUCUCUGGUCCUACAAGAAGGGUGUAUAAUGUCAUUAAUCUACAUCCAAUGGUAGAAGCAGGCCCCAACAAAUUAAGAUAUUGCAAUUCAGACUCUGACAGCAAUGGAUAGUAGCUCUGUUUUCUGUCAUCAUAUCAUUAACAAGCUGUCGGGACUGCUGGUACACCAACAAGGCGAGUCACCACUUAUGCUCAUGAGCCCAUAGUGCAGCUUGACACCCAAGUGCAGACCUUCUCGUCCUAAUUUGUUUUUACUAAACUCAGCACUCUUUCUUAAUGUUUCAUUUGGAGAAAUUAUAGGGUUAUGUGAAUAAACUUAUCUUAGAUGCAUCUUACUACCUGUAAUUGACUAUUUGGUUGCAUAGAGAUGUUUAUAUUAAUCAAGACUGAUUGGAGCAGAUAUAAGCAUUGAUGUACCCGUUCCUAGCAUGUUACAUUGUUGGAAAUGAUUCGGUGAAAAUGAAUUAUCAAUCCUAUCGUUA